AUGCACGGUCAUUUCAUUCUCAUUGUCUUGUGGGCUCUUGUUGUAUCGAUGAUACAUGAUGGAACACAACUUUGUUCAGGUUGCUUUCCAGAAGAAAAACUUGCUCUCUUAGACUUCAAAGCUUCCUUGAAUAUGACAGAACAUGCUCAUCUUAUCCUUCCUUCAUGGACUGGAAAAGAAGGUGAUGGAGCAAACACUGAUUGCUGCACCUGGGAACGGGUCAAGUGCAGUAAUAUUACUGGCAGAAUUGUUGAACUCCAACUUAGUAAAUUGAGAAAGCAUGGGGAAUCCUAUGAUUCUUAUUAUCAGGAUUGGUAUCUAAAUACUAGCACCUUCAUACCCCUGAAGGACCUCCGAGCUCUAGAUUUGAGUUGGAAUGACUUCAAUAGUGAAGUGACAAGUACAAUGUUGAAAUGGGCAUUGAACCUAAUUCUGAUUUAUGUAAAGAUUUAUGCCUUUGCUUCAUCGGAUGCUGAGAAUUGGCUGCUUCAGUUUUUCUUGCUUCAACCUAUCAUCAAGUUUUAUGCAUAG